UUUUCUCGUUGACAUGCUUAGGUUGCCUUUCAAACUUGAGUCAGAUGAGUGGGGGGUAGUGGUCCUAUUGAGUCGGCCUCAGUCACAUCGCCGUCUCCUAUCUGAAGGCAUGCCAGUGCCCGCCCUGCAGAAUCAGCAUCACAGCCUGCACGCUUGACAAGUGCGCCUCCCCCUCCGCGUGCCUUGUUUGACAUCCCCAUCGUUCAGGCUUCGCCUCGGGGAUUUUUUUUAAGUCCAGCUCAACGCCAGCCACAGAUUACACAUUCUGCUCACACGCAGGCACCGAGGCAGAGAAGGGCGACGCGGGGCCAAACAGACGCGGUCUUUCUCGCGUGGAGACGACAGCUUUUGCGCGCGAUCGGCGCCAGGCAGAAGCGGAAGAAGACGAGAAGGAGGAAGACGGGGAGAGAGAUCAGCGCUGCGUCUGGAUCUUUACGUGCACAUUAAACCUUUCUUUUUUUCACCGCAAAGUUGAAGAACUAGGAGCUCGAUUCUCUUGGUUAUCAAUUGCGAUACUGGUCGUCUGCGGUGACACCUUUGCGCACCUGUGGAUGCAGCAAACAUCCGCUUGAUGCUCGGACUCCAGUCUUUGGCACGCAUAGGAUUCUCCAGUGGUAAAUCAUCCCCCGCACCAUGCUGCUGAGCGUGUCCCUCUUGGCGCUCCCCUUGCUGUGCGUCACAAGCUGCGGCGCGUCGUACGUGCCGUGCGAGCCCUGUGACCAAAAGGCCCGCUCCAUGUGCCCGCCGGUGCCGGUGGGCUGCCAGGUGGUGAAGGAGCCCGGCUGCGGCUGCUGCCUGACGUGCGCGCUUGAGGACGGCCAGUCUUGCGGCGUGUACACGGGGCCGUGCACUCGCGGGCUGCGAUGCCUUCCCAAAAACGGCGAGGAGAAGCCUCUGCACGCCCUCUUGCACGGCCGGGGUGUGUGCAGAAACGAGAAGUUGUACAAACUGCUGCAGCCUUCGAAAGGCAAAGAGUCCAUGAUGCCCCAAACCAAGGUGCCCAUUUACGGACGGGACCACAUUAGCAGUCGGAAGGCCCAGGCGAUGAAGCAGGCUAAGGACCGUAAAAAGCAGCUGGCACGGGUGGGACCCAACAGCAACUUGAACUUCCCUCUGCAUGGCCCGGAGAAUCUGGAACCUGAAUUUGGGCCCUGCCGGAGACGUCUGGAUCACCUGAUUCAAAGCAUGAAGGACACAUCACGGGUCUUGGCUCUGUCUUUGUACAUCCCCAACUGCGACAAAAAAGGGUUCUUCAAGCGCAAACAGUGCAAGCCAUCCCGCGGGCGCAGGAGGGGGAUCUGCUGGUGUGUGGAUCGCUUCGGUGCCAAGGUCCCUGGCAUAAACUACGCUGGUGGUGACUUGCAGUGCAAAGACUUGGACAGCAGCAGCAACCGGAAUGAGUGAGCUUGAGGGCAAAUAGCAGUCUUAUUCAUCACCAUGUGGACAUGAUGAACUUCUUGUUUGAAAAGGGAAGCUGAAACGCUUGCUCAUAUAGGUUAUAUACUGUACCUGUGGCUUUAAAUGGACACUGUGUGUGUGUGUUGGGGGGGGGGGGUGCGUGCGUGUUUGUGUUUGCGUGUGUGUGUGUGAUGGUUUUGGGCAUUUUGAUACAUUUAAAUGUCGUGGAAAACGUCCUUCAUUUCAGUAGUUCAAUUCAAAAAGUUCAAACUUAUCGGCAACUUUUAAUUGCCAUGAUUAAGCCUUAGAGCGAACAAAAGUCUGACAUUCAGUACUGUAUCCCACAUAAUUACAAUAUUGUUUAAAAAAAAGUUCAGUUUUGUUAACUAUUGAUGCGACACUCUGAGCAUCUAAUGAUUUAAAAGACCUCCAAAGCCGUUAAAUGGUCUCUAUAAGUUUGCUUCAGUUCAUCACUGCUGACUUGACGAUUGUCCAGAGGAUAACCAUUGAAAUCCUCUCAAGGAAAGCAAGCAACCAAUAGUUUUUGAUCAGGAAGCACAAAUACAUGCACAAACAUCACUACAAAAAGGAGUGGAAGCAAAAACUGUGGGCCAAAAAGAUGGGCAUGGAAACAGGGACAACCGUAGCCUUGAGAAUUGUCAAGCUAAAUCCCUCCAAAAAUUUUGAGGAAUUUCAUAAACUAUGAGAGGACUGUGGCAGGAGUUAGAGUGAAUUUUGGAUCACUUAAUGCAUUUUUUCUGCUGACCAGCUUAAUGAGGAUGUUGAUUAGAUGGACCAGGAGGGUUCGGUCCCUGCCUAGCUCAGGGACACUUGAGCCAAUAAUGUAGAGCAGAUGACGUCAAGCCUGUGGUCAAAGCAACCGAGGCUGCCUUCAAAAUUCAGCAGUGUCACAGAGCCAUCGCAUCCAUGCCACACUGCAUUAAAGAAGUAAACAAUGCAAAAGCAGCUACAAAUGCCUAUGAAUAAACAUGUUUCUUAGAAUACAGGACCAACAUUUUUUUAAAGUCAAAAAAGAACCUUGAUUUGUUAUGAUGUAAUGUUGAAAUGUUUAGAGAUGAUGAAUUUGGGGUUUUUGUUAGCUGUAAGCUGUGAUCACUAAUAAAAUGGGCGAAAUUGAUACUGUAUUUCACUGUGUGCAAAGUUAAUCUAACCAGUAAACAAGUGUAACAAAAACGAUUUGAAUGGGAAAAACAGUUUCAUUUCAAAGAUGUGAGUGCAUCAAAUGGAUACUGCAAAUACAUUUUUGAUUGAACUAGUGGAAUUACCAAAGCAGAGACAAUUUCUGACUAUAAUCGUCUAAAUUAUUGAGAUCCACCGUAUAUAUACAGCUCUGGGAAAAAAAGAUUAAGAGACCAUACAUUUAUGCGUAUAUACACACAAACACACACACAUCCACAUGCACACACACAUUACCUAUUUUUAUGUGACUAGAUGCUAAGAUCCAGGCAUGGACGCUUCAACUCCUAUGAGAUGAUUUGAGACAUAUUUAUAUUUUUUGUGACUCGAGGCGAGCAGGCAACUGUGCCAUUAGCAAACGAACAUGAAUUCGAUUAUGUUUUGAUUCGGGCUUUAAACAUUUUUUUUUGUACUUGCUCAUAUGCACGCAGGAAGGGAGCUGACUGCCCUUCGUACUGCCAAGAAACUCAGAAUACUAAUUUCAUUUUUCCAUGACAUGUAAAUGUAGAGAGAUGCUUCUGCCAGGAAAAAAUCCCAAAUAAAGAACAAAAAUUGAAAGACAAAAACAUGAUGAAAGUGUCACAGUGCAUCACGGUAAUCUUUGAAACUAUACAGGAAUCUGAUGCGAUGCUUUAGUACAGGGGUCACCAACGUCACCAAUGUGGUGGGCGCGACCACCAGGUAGCCCCCAAGGCCCACAUGAGAAGGCCGCCAGCCUAUUCUAAAAAUAGCUCACAAUUGAUGGAACAACUGUGAUUUCCUAGGAAUGUUGUAAAAUUGACCUUUUCAGAAUUGAACACUGGCAGAUAUGUAUGAAAAUAAAAUGCUGAAUAAAAGUAUAUAUUGUUCUGUUUCAUAACAAUGAGAAAACAUUAACAUGAUCAAUGCAUUUGCAUAAAUGAAUACCAUGAAUUCCUAAUCAUAACAUAAUAUGAUAUGAUGAACAUAAUAAGAGAGUCUAUCCGAUACAGAUUUAUUUUCAGCCUGUUGCUGAAAACCAAUAGUAUCCAAAAAAAUCUGUGGAUUUUCUGACUACUUUGAACGUCAUUAUCUUUGUCUUAUGAAUUAUUGUCUCAAUGUGUACAAAAAUAAACAAAUAAACAACAACA